CUCUGCUGUGUUAAUGGGACAGAGCUUUCAGGGGGAGGGACCUCCUCUGACUUCCAUUAAAGACAGUAGCUAUAAAGGAGCUAAACACAAUAUUGCUGCCAGCACACACCGAGACGCACAGACGGAGCCAGAGUGUGUGAGGAGAAAAAGUCUAAGACCCCACAGAAACACUUGGGUGUAACAGUGUGAGCGCGAGGCUGAGCCCAGAGCAGAGGAGACAGGAGCACAGGGAAGGAGGAGGAGGGUGAGAAAGAGUCAAAGAGGAAAGAGAGGAAGAGAGGCAUCAGAGCGUGGAACAGGUUCUUUCGGCAGCCCUUGGUACUCAGCCUCAGCAGACAUGCCUAACUUUGCCGGCACCUGGAAGAUGAAGAAGAGUGAGAAUUUUGAUGAACUUCUCAAAGCCCUGGGGGUGAACACCAUGCUGAGGAAGGUGGCUGUGGCAGCGGCCUCUAACCCUCAUGUGGAGAUCCGUCAGGAUGGGGAGCAGUUCUAUAUCAAAACAUCCACCAGUGUGCGCACCACCGAGAUCAACUUCCACAUCGGUGAAGAAUUCGACGAGGAGACAGUGGACGGUCGAAAGUGUAAGAGCCUCGCCACCUGGGAGUCAGAGAACAAGAUCCACUGUCAGCAAACUCUGGUGGAUGGUGAUGGUCCCAAAACCUACUGGACCCGAGAGCUGAACGGCAAUGAGCUCAUACUGACUUUUGGGGCAGAUGACGUAGUGUGCACACGAAUUUACUACCGGGAAUGAAGCUCGGCAACCUUCAUGAGGACGAGGCACAGACCCAGUUGGAUCCACAACUCGUUUAAACUCAUCAAAACUCAUGCUCAUGCUAACACAUUAACAUAUUUGCAAAGCAUCCUGUGUAAUCUCUCAGUAUCAUUUUCAGUCUCUGCAUAGUUUCCAUAAACAGUGACAAUGUCCCUGUAGUUAUUUGUAGUGAGUUUUGUGUCUACAGUACAAUAGCUGGAUAUCUCAUUGUCCCUAUCUGCAACCAUGGAUUUCCAUCCAUAGGAUUUAGCUAUCAGGUGCAUUGAUGAAGUAUUCAUGUUCAAUGACAGGAAACAAUAAAAAACUGGAACAAACA